AGCACCGGCUCCCCCACCCUUUCCUCGCUCCCCUCGGCGAGGAGGAGGAGGAGGCGGCGCCCAUGGAAGAGAUGGCAUUCAGGGUGAUCUGUUUGGCACUAGGCAAAACUAAGCUGGCGGCCUUCGCCUUCUCUUCGAGCACGGGACAAUGGCGAGAUGCUGCAUCCAAGGAUUUGAGUGAUUUGGGCCUUGCCAUGCGUGACUCGGACAUGAUUUCAUGGAUGAACCCUUUUUAUCUCAGGCGCCAUUAUGCUUAUGGCUGCUUCUACUGGGACUUUCUCGUGGUCAAGCGGAACCUGUUGGUCGUGCUUGACAUCAGGAGGAUGGAGUUCUCCAUUGCAGAACUCCCACCCGGAGAAUGGUAUAGGGAAGGUGUAGCCAUCGUUGAGGCAGGGGAAGGCAGGCUUGGGAUGUUUGGUCUCUGUGGUGAAAAAGAAAUUGCAUCUGAUCUCAGUUAUGGCACCAUUGUGCGAAACAGAGGUGAUAGUCCCAACCAGUGGCUGAUGGAGAAGACAAUCUCACUAGAUUCUGGGUACCAUUAUUUUAUCAAAGCUGUAACAGAGGGGUGUUUGCUAUUGAUGAUAGCAGAAUCCCUGCCAGGUUCACCUAUAGAGAAGCCACUCCUUGAGUAUUUCACAAUGGACAUCGAGACAUUGCAGCUUCAGAGGGUUUGUGCGAAACGAUUCAAGCUUAGGCUGCCCACGUCAAGCAUAUAUGCCUACUUUUUUCAAACCGGGAUAUAUACCAACUUUCCACCAUCAUUGUUACCUGCACGGACAGUAUGAAGUGAUUCAGUGGAGUCCCGAUGAAAUCAGCUUUCAGAGUUCAAAGUGGUCGCUGUUUCGAUAGCGUGGAGUUGUCACAGAUGUGAUCACCUUUGCUGACAAGAUAGCGCGUGAUGAUCUACAUAUUUCACUUGGCUGUGGUCAUAUGUUUGAGAGCAUAUUUGUGUUCUGUUAUCUUGUUUAUUCCAACUGGCAUUUUAAUUGAACGAGGUUGGUAAGAAAAUAAUAUCUUGGACACUGUGAGUAGCUUAUGCACGAGUCCUGAUGGAACCAAUUAUUUCCAAUGUAACAUAGAAGGAAUACAAGUUUGGAUCCAGUUUACCUUGGAUUGUUUCACCUCAAAGAAAAUUCAUUAAAGUCAAGGACAACUCAUUUUGUACAUUAGUAUUCUUUUGAUAGAUAUGUAAGUAGGGAGAAAAGUUUCCUUUUAAUCAUCUUCACAUGUAGUAUAAUUUAUUAAUUUUAUGUCAUGGUGUUAUUUAGAAAUCUGCAUAAUUUGGUACGGUCAGAAACAAGAUUCUGAGUUACUGUUUUAAAUACUAAGAAUAGCUUAUGCUCACAAGCUGUUUUAUCUGGAAUCAACCUCAAGGCAGUGCUUAUCGCUGCACAGGCAACCAAAAAUUCUUGUUUAUUUCAGUCAAUCUCGACCACUUUUAGAUCCUCGUGUCGUGGUAGUUCUCCUGAAUUUUAAAGCAGAUCAUAUGGGUGAGAUGAUUGACUUAAACUUUCCUUUGGAGGCACAACAGCCUAUUUUUCUGAGAAACCUGAAAAACAAAUGGUCGGUGUGUUAAGUAAAAGCAAGGGAAAAUAGUACUUUGUCGUGAAAACAUAUUCACAA